GCGUAGACCUACAAGCCUAAACGGCGGCGGAACGUGCUUUUCCCUCGAUCAGUACCAGGGAGCCAGGAUGAUCUUCAUGCUCUGAUUUAAACCCCUAAAUCAUAUCAGUCGCCAAAAUGGAGUCUCCUACGCCUGAUCUCAACCACGAAGCUUCUUCUCCUCACCAGGCUAUGGUUUCGUUUCACAAUUUCUUAUCUUUAAUUCUCUUCCUUUUCUACUUGGAUGAACUUCUGACGAAUAUAUUAAUUGUAUAGUGGCUGGAGUCUUAGAAUUUGCUAUAUAAAAUCUCAUGUUAUUUUUUUUCUUUGAAUCCAUGUUGUAUUGUAUCUGAAUGUAAUAAUGGUAGAUUGUUUAAUGUAGAGGGCCUUUGAGGUUAAUUCUUUUAUUUAAAACCUCAUUAACUGCUUAUCAUUAACAUUGUAACAAGCUGCGUGCAAUGCACCAAAAGAAGUAGAAUAAGGGCAUAAGGCCAUGAUAUAUAAUGCCUAUACCGGCAUGCUGCAUUGGGUUUUCACAAUUGAAGACCAACUCGAAAUUGAUUAACGAAUCCUGAUUAAAGAAUCAUUCUGAAAGUGGCUUAAAUUUGCCCUUUUUAAAUUUUAUGAUCCUAAAACCACAGAAAAAAUAAUAGGGUGAAGUAAAACUUGAAAAGUUAAAAAGUGCUACUGUUAUGUAGUGUGCGACUUCCACUAUUUUAAUGUCACCUUUCAACUCUUAAGGUGUCAUGUAAAGAAGAUGAUUUGUUGACAUUGAAAAGAAAGAAAGGAGAUCACAGUAAGGUGGAAGGGAGCAAGAAAAAGAAUAAAAGGGGAGCUGCGUAUAUUCGGCCGGCUUGUUCUUGGGUGCAUUUUAGCGGUGAAUUUAUUAAAGAGUACAGUGCUUCACAUCCUGAAUCAUCUGGCCUGAAAGCUGCCACAAAAGCAGCAUCAGAUGCUUGGAAGUUGAUGAUCCCUGAAGAGAAAGCAAAAUACACAAAUCGAGCCCGCAAAGUAUGGGAUGAACACUUGAGCUCUGCUCGGCCUCAUUCUCCAAAGCAAAAGAAACAGGGAAACAACCUUCUUGUUUUGAGUCCUGACUCAAGGAGUACUCUUCGUGUGACUGAAGAAGAAAUGGGCAUGAGCUAAUACAAAGUAAAGAAAAAGUAAAUUGGUGACAAGAUGCUCCCCUGGCCGUUUGCUACAUGUUUUACAACGGCUCUCACCAGACCAGAGGGAUUCUGUAAAGAGCAUGGGAUUUGGCAGUAUUCUUGGUCUGAGAUGUCGGACACUUCGGCGGAGUCUGUGUCUUUGGCUGUUGGAAAGAUUCAAUGCGGUAAGGUGCAGUUUAGAAAUUUGUGGCGAGAGGGUUCCUUUAACCCCACGGGAUGUGGAACUCGUAAUGGGAUUAGCAGCCAGUGGGGAAGAUGUGGUAAAUUCAGGACCAGAUGAAUCAAUUCUAGAACUACGUAAGAAGUACGGAGCUACAAAUUGUGGCAUUUCUGUGCGUGUUUUGGAGGAGCGGAUUACAUCUCUAGAUUCAGGAGAAGAUUUCAAGAGAUCGUUUGUGCUUUAUGUAUUAGGAACUCUCUUGUGCCCGACUGCAAGAUUGGAUGUUAGCCCUUCAUUUCUCCAUUUCCUGACAAAUAUGGAUUUGAUCCACCAGUACAAUUGGGCAAAGUUCUUGCUUGAUCGGUUAGUACGUGAGGUUUCUCGCUUUCGUCAGGGAAAACAGCGUGCAGUCGGGGGCUGUCUUCUGUUUCUCCAGCUAUUUUACUAUGAGAGUGUUGCAGUCAGAGCGGUAUAUGUAUUAGCCCCUGUUGCUUUUCCAUGUUUAUUCUCAUGGGGUGAGGAAGAAAUUACUGACAGAGAAAAACGAGAAAGAGAGAUGGGAGGUUAUGGGAACGGCGAGUGUGUCUGCAAAGAAAGAGGACUCGGGAUGGGUCCAGUGGGAUACUGUGCACAGAGCGAUGGCGAUGUGCUUAGGAGAACAGGUCCAGCAGAUGAGGAUUUGGAUGGUCAAGCAAAUGAAGAAAUACAUGUGGAGAAACAAUCUCCCAUGGACAUGGCUGCUAAUUCCAAUCAAGCCCCAUGUGGAAACACAAGAUAUGGAUGCUUGGUAACCAUGGAUUGUGUGAACAACAAAGACCAUCUUGAGUUCUGCACAUAUGCACCAUGCCUAUGCCCUAUUAGGACUUGCGACUUUAUAGACUCGUCCAUACAGCUUUCCCAUCAUUUCAGCAGUCGCCAUUGGGAUUCAGGCAGACGCUUCAGAUACGAUUCUCCUUUGCGCGUAAGCUUGGGGAAGAAGGAACCCUUCCUUGUGCUGCAAGCCGAAGAAGAUGGGAUGUUGUUUCUGCUGUCCAGGGAAACAGAGAGCGUCGGGUAUCGGGUCAUGGUCACCAGCAUUCGCCCAACCACCACAAGGACUCACUACUCGUAUGAUAUUGUUUCGGAAAAAGGGGGCAGCUCUUUGCGGUUGCAAUCGGUUGCCCAGAAUUUCCCGGGCAGGAUUGAAGGGUUUCCCCAUGAUUUCCUUCUGGUUCCUUUUACCUACACAAAUAGUUGUGGGGAACUAGAAAUAGAUGUCUGUAUAUGGAGUUCCCCGGGUGCAAACUCCAUCUCGGAUGUACCUUGAAUAAAUCUUUACAAACUGUAUAGCCUGUUGGUGUCCCUUUUUUUAUUUAUAUUUUUACUAUAUCGAAGGUAAAUAGUAUAUACUCCGUACUACUAACUAUCUAAUAAAAAGACCAGACCCAAUUUUGGUCUCCAGCCCGCCUUCCUCCCUUUCUAAUAAAACAAGACCAGCCGAAAAAGGUUUUUCGCCGAGCAAUUCGCCGCCGAUCCGACAGUCGCCGGCGAGUGAGACGGAACCGCCCAGUCAGACGCUUUCUCCAACUUGAUACGUCACCAACGACUAAGGGGUUAACUCUCGAUCGGCGCAUCCCAGGAUAGAAGUCAUAAAGUUGAAUAGUGAAAAUUUGUCCUUUUGUUGACUUAUUUCACAUCCUUGCACCCAUGAUCUUUCCUUGUCAUUUCUUACCAUAUAAGGCCAAUACACCAUCCAUCACCCAUCUUUGUUUGUCCCCUCUUUUUAGCCAGAAUAUCCACCACAAUCAUCAAAGGAUUUCAUUCAUUCUUUGUGAUUUUUGCCUCCACAACAGGACAGACAAAGCCAGCUCCAAAGCCAAGACAAAGUCAAACAAAAUCAGCCCUUAUCAACUCAAGAUUGGAAGCUAGUGAAUGAUAAAGGGAUGUAGGAAGGUUCCUUGUAUUUGCAUUCAUUAUAUUGUGUGUUUUCCCUCCUCUCCCCUCCUUAUAUAUUUCGGCCAUUUGGCCCUUGUAAGGAACAUCUCUGAAUUAUUAAAAAACUCCUUUUACUCUUUGAGUAUUUAUAAAAUAGUGUGAUGCUAUUUUAGCCAAAUUCCUAAUUCUAUAUCUUAAGAGUGGUUAUCUUAAGUGUGAGUUUUAGGUUCUAGAUAUUUAAAUAAGUGUGUAAUAUCUUA